AAGGUUUUUUGUGCCUUACUGCUAUUAAAUGUGGCUUAGAAAUGGUCUACUGCUGGUACUUAUUGUAGUGCAUGAUAGAAUAUAGUAAGGACACGGGGGGGUAGUAGUGUUGAUUAUAAUAGGGGUUAGGGGUGUUGUUGUUGUAACAGUGUGUUGUACAUUGAGGGGAUAGCCCUUGCCGAUGAAGGACUCCAUCGGGUCAAUGCGGUCCGAACAAUCGGCUGCCAUGGGAUUGAGGGUUAGGAAAUAAUAAGGGUUAAAAUAGGGUUUAGAUCGAUAACACACAUACGUGUUUUCUUUGAUUUGAUGAUAUUGAGUAGUUGUGAUAAUGAUACAUACACACAUACAUACGUGAUCAUGUGUGCAUUUGACAAUCAACUCUGCAGCCAUGAGAAAAGUGUGCAAAAGAAACAACGUCCUUCACGCCCUAAAAAGCUUUGUAGAGAACAGAGAGGUUUUUAAGUAAUUUAACUGUAUUACUUCUCAUUAUUGUCAAUAUGUCAUUUUAUACCAUAAGCGAAGUUAAGAUACUAGACAAUUAUUGUGUUAUACUAAAUCCGCAACAAACAGCGUCACCGGCUACUAUUGCAGAUGAAGUAUGAGCCCGCCAUUGCGGCUACGAGACUUAAGGCAAUGAUAGGACUAGGUCGUACCUUCGCGACAUAAUCGAGGUAUCGACGGAAAACUUGUAGGGAAUGGAAGAGAUUUCCGAUCGGAUACCUGUGAGGACAUUUGAAGCCGAGGGCAAUGCCAACAGUACAGUUUUGUAUUGACGAAACUCUGGUUUUGCCAUCUGGAAGUUCAUGCUCCACGGACGGAUCAAAACUAGAGGACAGAGUGGGUCUAGAAGCAUACAUUGAGGACUUAGGGACCGUAUUGUUGAAAGACUACCUACCAUAACAGCGUCAUUGCGAUUGCGGAGAUCUAAGCGAUCAUAGAAUGCAUGAGGUUGUUGAUGUUGUACCCACAUUAGCAUGUAGAGGUGGCGAUCCUUGUCAAGGUCUUUUAGAUGAGCAAGCUCUUUUUGCGGGAACAUGAUGACCCUUGGUUAUUUAAAGGCGCCAGUAAAUGGACUUGUCAUACCGAGAAUCAUAGGCACUUAGUAUUUAAGCAAUAGCCGGUGCUACCCGGCCUCUCACUGAGACUCUCCACUCGAUAUGCGUAACCUGUGAACGCGCCCUCGCCCGUUAGCUGCCAGCUAAGCUUCAAGUGAUAACUAAGAACACCACACAGAUUGGAGCUCAAAGUUCCAGCCUGUUUGGUGCUCAUAGUUAUAGCGUCCCGGUCAUGAAUGAGGUGGUAUGGUAUUAAAGCGAGAACGUCGAGUGUGCACAUCUGUACGGACAGUAAACUGGUCAUCAGUGAGGCAGCCACUGCGGCUAUGAGACUUAAGGCGAUGGAAGAAUGGAUUAAGGAUGGGAGCAGACCAUAUCAUCGCGGUAAAAUUGAGGCGACGAUAGGAAACCUGAAAGGAAGGGAAGAGGUUUCCGAUCGGAUACCCGAUACGACACUUGAGGUCGAGAGCGAGUCACUGCUGCCAGCGGUACAGUCUUUGAACUGAAAGUACCCUAGUAUUGCCAACUGGAAGAUCAUGUUACACGGAUGAAUCAAAGCUAGAGGACAGAGUAGGCCUGCGGGUCUACAUUAAGAAUCCAAGGAUUGAGAUCUUUUUAGACUGCCUGAGCGUAAUUCGUUCCUGCAGGCGGAGACUCGGUCGAUCACGGAACGCUUGAUGUGGUUGUUGUUGUAGCAGUGUGUUAUACACUGAGGCCCUUGCCGAUGAAGGAAUCCAUCGGGUCAAUCCGGUACGUACAAGGACUGAGAUCUUUUUAGACUGCCUGAGCGUAAUUCGCUCCUGCAGGCGGAGACUCGGUCGAUCACGGAACGCUUGAUGUGGUUGUUGUUGUAGCAGUGUGUUAUACACUGAGGCCCUUGCCGAUGAAGGAAUCCAUCGGGUCAAUCCGGUACGUACAACCGGCUCGCAGCUAAGCUUCUCGUGGCAGCAAUGAACACAACACAGAUCAGACCUCAAUGUUCCAGCCUUUGUGGUGCUCUGCUGAUCUCACGCAUAGGCCGGGAAAUUUGGUCUCAUGACGGAUAUUCGACCAACUGGGGUAAAGCUGACGGCUGCUGCCGUGAUGAUUGGGCGGAAAACCUUUUCUGUACUGCAAACUUUCUAUAGUAAUGAUAAAGUUUUCUUAGAAGUUUCCAAAUUUUUGUCUUUGGGCCUACUAAGAGAAUGUGGUUUAUCGACUAAGAUGUUAGCUACGAAAUGUUUUAUUAUUGUGUAUUUUUAUUGUGCCAAAAAUAUUUUUCUGUUAAUUUCAAUGUUUUAUGUUUCAAAUGUUAAAAAAUUGUUGAAGAGUAUAUCCUAAUCUUUUAACCACACAAUUCGUGAGUUGCGUUUGUUUUGAUCAUGAAGAAUAAGAACUGUAUGUGUAUACUAAUUGUCGCGGCCGGGUAGACAUUUCGUCGGGUGUCUGUAAAAGGAUAAACAGAACAUUGUUUAUACGUAUCGGUAUGUCCAAGAAUUCCGUGCACAAUUCAUGGCAAGUGAUUUGUUAACGCGAGUUGUAAGCAAGAAUGUAAGAUACAAAAAGCUUAAAACAAAAUUGGCUUUAAAAAUAUGCCUGUUCUUAAAAAAAUGACAAAUUUAAAUAAAAAAAAAAAAAAUAUGAAAAUUAUACACAAAUAUACAUCAUCUAGGAAUAAUCAUCGCUCAUACAUUUCAUAAUACAUCAGCUAAAGAGGAAUAACUGCUAAUACACCUGUCCACACCUACAAUAAAUUUAAAGUGGUAGAGGAGAAUAAAAGGAAAAUGGCUGGCUCCCCCCCCUUCGCCCCAAUCGAAACACAUGGCAAUGAAAAAUAUUUUUAACUAAAAUAUUUGUAAUAAAUAAUUAAAACAAAACAAAAAAAAUCAAAAAUUCUUAAAAAUUGAAUCUAAUUAUGUGAUCUGUAUGUUUUUGCAGCUUCUUUAUACUUAAAAAUUAAUCGUUAAUCAAAAAAAGUGCAAUUUAUAUGAAAAGCAAAUUAUAAGCAAAUCUACUUAACGGCGCGUUUACAUAUCGAAUACAUACAUACGUAUAUGUAUGUGUGUCAAGCCGUCGUCGGUCGUCGUGUACUGCUAAUAUCAUUUCUCUCUGUGUAGCAAAGCAUUUAUCGAUAUAACGAACGAACGUGUGUAGUAGUUGUUUGUGGUCUGUGGCCGUCUUUGGUUGCAAUCGCAACACACGAACGCAAUGUCGUCGUCAAGUUCGCGUCGUCGCAUGGAAAUGAAUUCAAAACUACACAUGGAUCGUCAGCCGAUUGUUACCAGAAUAAAUGAUCCUUCUUUGCCUGCUGGAAAACGUAGGGAAAUAGAUAAUGUCAUGAAGAAGGCACGUGCCAAUAACACCAACGACUAUUGGGAUAAGAAACUAUUGGAAGUGGAGGAGAAGGACCCCAAUCGUUGGCGCCAUACCGGCUAUAAGAAAAUGUACAUUCAAGGUGAAAGCAGCUCGGGUGAAAGUGAUCGCGAAGGAGGUGGUGGUGGUGGCGGUAGUGCUGCGGGUGGAGGCGGCAGCAAUGGCAACGGUUAUCGUGGCGGUUAUGGCUCUUCGGCAGGAGCUCCAGCUCCCUUAUCCGGUCGUUACGGUCGAUCUCGCUCUCGUUCGCCGCGUUCAUGCAGUCGGACGCAUAUGCGUAAAACGCCUCCUCAAUCGCCCAUGCGUCGUAGGUCGCCUCCACCACCGCCCCGUGAAAGAGAAAUGGAUCGCAUAAGUCGUCGUGGUGUUUCCCCACGUUCCUCCAUGGAUCGCGAUAGGGGUCGUCCGCGUUCACCACCUUAUCGUGGAGGUGGUCCGCCGCGUUCACCCUCCGAAAUGGGUAGUCGUCGUCCAAUGGGGGGAAGACCGCGUUCCCCCCCGGAACCGCCUAUGCGUCGUCGUAAUUCGCGAUCUCCUAUCGAGAGACGUCGUGGUUCGCCGCCGAACAUAAGCGCCAGUAGCCGUAGACGCACGCCACCACCACCAAUAUUGGGUCGUAACAGUGAUAUGCCAUCAAAAAAUAGAGGACAAGUGCCUUUGCCUCGUUCAAAAAGGCCGCCAUCUCCACCGCCGCCUAGGAAUUCUUGUCGCUCGCGUACUAACAGCUCAGUUAGCAGUUGUUCGGAUGAUUCGUGUUCGGUUUGUUCACCCAGCCAUCGUCAUAGAUCACGUUCUAUGGAUAUGCAUCGUCCUCCACGUGGAGGUCCUCGUUCACCGCCGCCAAAGUCAUCGUCUUCGCGUUCAUUGCAAUAUCACCGUGGAGCACCUCCACCUUCGUCGUCAUCAUCAGCUUCAGGAGGUGUGCGUAUGCCAACGGUUCGCCCAACUUCUCCACCACCACGUGCUUCGGAAAUGGACAAAUAUCAAAGAGCCGAAAUGAAUGUGCGUCGCAUUAGCCGUCAGCGCAGCAUAGAAGGACAUGCCAACGAUGGCCCGGUUAAAGUAACACGACCAAGUCGCCAUUCGCCACUAGAAGAUCCGCGUUUGAAAAAUCGUCCUCCAGAGCCACCAGAACCCACACCGGCAACAGUGGUGCCAGCCAAAAAGAAGAAAAAGGAGAAGGAGUUACGCACCCGCAUCAAAAUCGAAGGCGAGAAACGUAAAAAGCAUUCUUCAUCGGAAUCUGAUGAUUCGGGCGGUUCGGAUUCGGAUGAGACGCCUUUGCCCACGUUUACGGCAACUACGCGUUUAACGUUAUCGGAACGUUUCGGUAAGAUGGCCCAAUGGUCUAUUGAUCGCAGCAAUAUGGAAAAUAUGCGCAUUACCAAGGAUUCUGCUGGUGGCGCCUUAAAGGUAAUGAUUGAGGAAGGCCUAGAAUCACCGCCGCGUCGUUAUUCGUAUUCCCCAGCUCCGGUGGGUCAUUUCCCCGAAGAACUGGCCACAACUGCGCCGUCGGGCAUGUUGUCUUGGGAUGAUGUUCGCGUACGCUAUGAUUAUUACAAAUCGCGUGGAUAUUUGAGAGAUUUAGAUUUAAAAGAUUACAUCAAAUGGGAAGAGUGGUGGUAUAAAUAUCAAGAAUGGCUUAAGCAGGAGCGUUACUAUGAAUAUUGGGAACGCCAACAAUUGGCCAGACGCCGACGCAAAAAGCUACCCAUAACGCAGAGACUCAAUUAGUGGAAUAUGUUUGAGUGACUGAAAGCAUCUACAUUUGAAAAUUAAAUUUCAAUUUGUACAUCAUA